AUGCAUUUGUUUUCGCCACGUUCCUGUGCUGGUCUUCGCCACGAGCUGGAGCACAAAAUCCUAGUAUCACCCAUCCUGGAGAAGGUGAUUUUGCUUAUGUUUUGUGAAGCUUUGAAUUCUGCAUGGCUUUCAGGAAAUUGUAGUACAGGGAAUGCCCGAGUACAGUUAUUAUGGUGUGAGUUCGGUUUAGAAGUUUAUCUAUUCAGGUGUAUGGCUGCUUUAUGUGCUGACACGGUAACUUCAAUUGACAAACGAAGUGACCGAUUUCUAGUUUACUUUCAUCUAGACGAAUUGAUGUCUAUAUCCACUUCCAUGGCCGCGCUGCGGGCCAUCAAAAGCAGUUUGGUUGAUCCCAACGAGUAUCUGAGCAAGUGGCAUAGAGGAGACCCAUGCACAGCAAAUUGGACAGGAGUGUUUUGCUACAACACAACAUUAGAUGAUGGCUAUCUUCAUGUUCAAGAACUGCGACUACUAAAUAUGAACCUGUCAGGAAGUUUAUCGCCAGAGCUCGGACGCUUAUCUUAUAUGAAGAUACUGCUCCUUAAUGGAAACCAGUUAUCAGGUUCCUUGCCCGAAAUGCUCGGUUAUCUUCCAAACUUGGAGAGACUACAAAUUGACCAGAACCAAAUAUCGGGAUCAAUACCUAUAUCGUUUGCAAAUUUAAACAAGACAAAGCAUUUUCACAUGAACAACAAUUCAAUAAGUGGGCAAAUUCCACCGGAGCUUUCCAGAUUACCAAGGCUUGUUCACUUUCUUCUUGACAACAACAACUUAUCUGGGUAUCUUCCACCGCAGUUCUCGGAGUUGCCAAGCUUAUUAAUACUUCAACUUGACAACAACAACUUUGAAGGCACUACAAUUCCAGAUUCAUAUAGUGACAUGUCUAAACUGUUGAAGUUGAGUUUGAGGAACUGCAACUUACAAGGGCCUAUUCCUGAUUUGAGUAGGAUUCCAAACCUUGCUUAUAUAGACCUAAGCUCAAAUCAGCUAAACGGAUCCUUGCCUCAGGGUACACUUUCUGAUAACAUCACGACGAUCAAUUUAUCUAACAACACUCUGACUGGAACAAUUCCUGGCAACUUUUCGUAUCUUCCUGAUCUUCAGAGAUUGGAGAUGCAAAACAAUAACCUUACUAAUAUUACCGGCAGCACUGUACUUUCGCAAAAUGUCACAGUCUGGCUUCGGGGAAAUCCGCUUUGCUCAAAUGGCAACCUUGAUAACUUCUGUGGAACCGAAGGUGAUGAUGAAAGUGAUAGUCAGAUUUCGACUUCCACUGUCAACUGUGUGAUUCAAGUAUGCCCACCCCCUUUCGAAUAUAUUCCUGUAGCUUGUUUUUGUGCUGCUCCUCUAAUUAUUGACAUUCGGUUGAAAAGUCCCGCAUUCACAGAUUUUAGCCCUUACAAAAGUACAUUUGAGCAGCAUCUUACUUCUGGUAUCAAAUUAGAUCUCGAUCAGCUGGACAUUACUUCGUUUUUAUGGGAAAAAGGACCUCGACUGAUUAUAUCUCUGAAGCUUUUUCCUUUAUAUGUUGAUAAUGCCAAUAAUUCAAGUACUUUCAAUAGAACUGAACUUAAAAGAAUCAUGAGUGUGUUCGCAACAUGGAAAAUUCCAGACAGUGACCUAUUUGGACCCUAUGAACUUCUCGACUUCAUUCUACUGGAUCCUUACAAGGACGUUUUAUUUGUUGAUCUCACGGCUCUUCUUGAUGUCGCAGUGGUUGCCCCCUCUUCAAAGUCCAGUCUAGGCAAGGGUGCUCUAGCUGGCGUAAUACUAGGGACUAUUGCUGGUGCCGUUACACUAUCUGCAAUUGUUUCUCUUCUUAUAUUGAGAAAGCAUUUGAAGGAUCGCCAUGCAAUUUCAAGAAGACGUCGUACAACAAAGAGCUCCAUAAAAAUUGAAGGUGUCAAGGAUUUUACUUUUGGAGAAAUGGCCGUGGCUACAAACAAUUUUAGCAGCUCUGCUCAAGUUGGACAAGGAGGUUAUGGAAAGGUUUAUAAAGGCAUCCUGGCUGACGGAACCGUUGUGGCCAUAAAACGUGCACAAGAGGGAUCAUUACAGGGCGAGAAGGAGUUUCUAACAGAGAUAGAAUUAUUGUCACCCUUACAUCAUAGGAAUCUCGUGUCCUUAGUCGGGUAUUGUGAUGAAGAAGGGGAACAGAUGUUGGUUUAUGAGUUUAUGUCCAAUGGAACUCUAAGGGAUCACCUUUCUGCAGCUAGGUCUAAAGAACCACUGGGUUUUGAGAUGAGAUUAAGAAUUGCUCUGGGAUCAGCCAAGGGCAUCCUAUACCUCCAUACAGAAGCCAACCCUCCGAUAUUUCAUCGAGAUAUCAAGGCCACCAAUAUAUUACUGGACUCUAAGUUUAUUGCAAAGGUUGCUGAUUUUGGCCUUUCCCGUCUUGCCCCGGUUCCAGAUUUUGAAGGGACUGUGCCUGCUCAUGUAUCCACAGUAGUGAAGGGGACACCGGGUUACCUUGAUCCGGAGUACUUCUUAACUCAUAAGCUAACGGAUAAGAGCGAUGUUUAUAGCCUUGGUGUUGUGUUUUUGGAGCUCUUAACAGGCAUGCAGCCAAUCUCACAUGGAAAAAACAUUGUUCGAGAGGUAAACAUUGCAUUCCAAUCCGGUAUGAUCUUCUCAGUUAUUGAUGGAAGAAUGGGGUCUUAUCCUUCCGAGUGUGAGGAAAAGUUCCUGAGUUUGGCUCUGAAGUGUUGCCGAGAUGAGACAGACGCGAGACCCUCAAUGGCGGAGGUUGUUCGAGAACUCGAAAACAUAUGGUUUAUGAUGCCGGAGUCUGACAGCAGAACAUCGGAAUCAGUGACGAGCAGUAGUGGUGGAAAGGUAGUGACUCUUCCACCCUCAUCCAAUGCAGCGAGGCAUCCUUGCGUCUCUAUAGACGUCUCUGGCAGUGACCUUGUUAGCGGAGUCGUACCGACAAUUACACCAAGAUAGAAACCGUAGAGAGAACUAUAGCCGCAUUUGACUUGGAUUUUUGUGAAGAUUGGGGAGGUAGAGGAGUGCAUUUUUUUUUUUUUUGGGGUAUCCUUUUGAUGUAAAACUAGUAUACUUUGGACAGUCAAAACAGUUGCAUACUUGCAUACAAGAAACUAAAAUCUUUUGCCAUAGAUAAGAUAAUUCAGGAAUGUUUUCUUCCAGUUUGUUC